CGCGCGCCUCAGUAUACUACGCGAUAUACGCGGCACAAGGAACUACCAACCCCGUGGCUCGGUGCGUUCGUCGAGUGUAACGUCCCUACUAUUUCCACAUGCUUUACCUUGGCUUAGUCUGCCGCGAACACUCGCCGUGAUCAUUCCAAAACACAUCGUCAAUUCUCCUCCGGAAUUUUAUCGUGUUACAAAAUUUUCGCGUCAAGUUGGUCGAAGUAUUCGUAAAUUUUUUGGGUUGAAAAUUCUCCGCUAUUACCCGUCUAAAAAUAUUGACUAGAAAUAUUGUCGUGGGUAUUGAAUUUGAGAAAUUAAUUUUCGUUACUGAUCGUUGCAAGUUUAUCGGGAGUUUUUUUUCGGUGGAAUAUUUUCACUCUCCUUUGUUUUACGUAGAGCGUCGUCACUCAAUCGUGCAGUCGACACUCAGUUGUUUAUGUACUCAGUAGAUCUCAGAUUGUUGGAUUUAUCGGGAAAGCACUGGGAAUAUGAAAACAUUGCAACCCGUGUUGACAAAAUUCAAAGACAAAUAGAUAGUCGGUGGAGAAAGUAAUCGAAGUACCGGGCUUGUGUUUGGCCUGAAAUAAGAUUGGAGUUACGUCGUGUCCCUUCGCUGGGUCUCCACAAACACCGAUUGCUUCAUCGGUGAGUUUGUCGUACCAAGGACAGCGUGGGUUGCUCUCGCGUGUGCCGGGUGUGAGUGUAGUGAUAAGAGGGAAUGAACAAACGGAUGGGGAUGAUUUUCCGCGUGUUUAAGUGACUAGAAAAUUUUUUAGUGAGUUAAAUAAGAGUAAAAUUGAAAAAUUGAGAGUAAAGAAGUUGAAAAAGUGGUGACAAUUAUCGUGCAAAACAGAUGAUACAGCGAUUGACCUUCAGUGCAAGCGCAUCGUAGGACAUCCAGUUGAAGUACAAUGGCAGAAAGAUACCGAAAAAGUCGAUACCUGAGUAUCAGCAUACUUCAUGUUAUCACCGUCAUGUGUCAAGCUUUGUCGGAGGGCCCUAUGUUUGCUGAGCCAAUUCCAAAUGUCACAGUAGCUGUGGGAAGAGAUGCGAAUCUCCCCUGUGUCAUCAACAAUCUCGGCACUCACAAGGUGGCAUGGCUCCACGUAGGUCGCCAAAUGCUUCUCACGAUCCACACGCACGUAGUAGUAAAGAUAUCGAGGUUCACCAUAUCCCACGACAAACAUAAGACCUGGCUGCUUCGCAUUCAGAAUGUCCAGCAGGAGGACCGGGGCUACUACAUGUGCCAAGUUAAUACCACCCCGAUGAUCAGCCAAGUUGGAUUUCUCCAAGUUGUCGUGCCGCCGAACAUCAUUGAUUCCCUAUCGACGGACAGUACAGUUGCUGUGAAGGAACAUCAGAAUAUAACGCUCACUUGUAAAGCUGAGGGCUAUCCAACACCAGCACUGAUGUGGCGAAGGGAAGAUGGUCAAUCUAUACCUAUUGAUCGUCGAUCAAAAGUUGAAAAAUACCAGGGUGAAGAGCUGAACCUCACUAAAAUAACCCGGGGAGACAUGGGUGCAUACCUGUGCAUUGCCACCAACGGGAUUCCCCCGACUGUCAGCAAGAGAAUAAUCGUCGAUGUUGAGUUCUCGCCGACGAUAUUCCUGCGGAAUCAGCUGAUGGGCGCACCAGCUGGCAAGAAUGUUACUCUCGAGUGCAAAAUCGAGGCACAUCCACGAGCGAUAAGCUACUGGAAUUUUAACAAUUCAAUAGUACUAACUACCAACGAGAAGUAUACGAGUACAAUACUGGAGAGUAGCUACAGAACCAAUAUGCAGCUCACCAUAAGAAAUCUACAGCAGAGUGACUUCGGAACAUACAAAUGUAUUAGUAAAAAUUCAUUGGGAGAGACGGAGGGUUCUAUACGGCUUUAUGAAAUGGCCCAACCAUCAGCACCGCCAACAGCGACGGAGAUCAAAAGCGGAGCUAAUAAAGAGGGAAAGCAGAACACCACUCCUCCGCCAACCAGACGACAAUAUACAACCAUGUGGCCGUUGUCUCACAGCCCUUAUCCCAAAAGGACGGAGAGACCGCUGUUGAAUCAGAGGGAAGCUGACAAACCAGACAGGAAUCAGCACAGCCAUAGUGCAGGAAGUGCCUACAUUAUAAGAUGGAGCGCACCACAGCUGAUGGUGGUGGCAGUGCAGUACAUAUUGACUGGUCCCUACAUACCUCCCUACGUACUCCAGCAUGCGAAUUAAAGGAUUGAGAGUGGCUCCUCGUGUCCUCACAAACAAAUCUAUCUACUUGUCUCCGCUCCUGUGAUGGAUGAUGUGCAAAUAACAACAGAAUAAAGGACCGAAGAUUACCUGUAUCACAACAUAACGAAUACAAAUUCACUGCCCUAUCAUUUAUUUCACCGUAUCUUCUGCUGCUUCUCCGAUGAAAAUAUCAAGGAACAUACCACUGGCACAGCGAAAUACGCUAAAUAUCGUCGGCGACCACAGUGAGCGUUGAUUACCAUGAACCGGGAAAUAUUCAUUAUACCGGUGGAAAAUUCAGUGAAAUUUAGAGGCGGUUUGUUGCCCACGGAUACACACAUUUUCGUGGAAAAGGACCCCCGACACUUACAAAUACGAUCAAAGAAUGAGAAGGGGAGGAAUAACAAACAGAACAUGGUGAAGAAGAGGGUUUGUUCAUGCCCGUUGAUUAAUGUUUGGAGCGUGAAAAAUGGUUAUUCGUCUUAGGUUUGUAAGAGAGCGAGUGUCUUGGCUGAGAGAGAUUAUUCUUAGUUUGCGAAUAUUUUAAAAGAAUCGAACUUAUUUUGCAUUGAAAAUGUGAAUUUCUGAAUGUGAAGACUUUUUACAGAGUUCUUCCGAAUUGUCUUCAGACUGCGACGAAAGACCACGAAAAAUGUGGGGAUUGCAAGCGUAAAAUUUAAUUAUGCAAUUAAGGUAAAUGACCCUACGCUCGCCUAGUUAAUGAAAAUAUCAUUAGACAAACUUUUCGAACGUGCCUAAACGCACAUGAGGAUUACUUAGUGAUGAUAAUUCAUAUUUUUAAUGCAUUGUCGCACUUGUACGUAGAGCUGGCGCUGGUUCGUCGUCGUCUCGGCAUUUAGUUGAUUAUUAAAAAUAAAAAGUAAUUCUUAAAUGAAAACUCUUAUCAUAUUUCACUAUUGAUAAAUUCCUGGGAUCGUCAAAGUUAUGAAAAUGCGAUAACUGGAAGCAUCCGAACGAGCAUAGGGAGAAAAACGAGCAUUCGGUACAUUUACCUUAAGUAGUAAAGACCACUUUCAGUCAGACUCGUCAACUCAAUUUUCAGUCGUGUUGUUAUGUCGGAAAUAAUCGACCUCAAAAUAAUGUGCGAGUUAUUGUGCCAUUCCGUCAAUGGCAGUAUUCAAGAAUGACCAUUCAACGUUUCCAUUAUUAUUAGCAUUAAUAAAUAAUUUCACAGAUAAAUUCCUCAUCCGAAGACGUUGAUUCCAUCGCGAUGACAUUUCUUGAAGAAUAUGAGUAAGCUUUUUCGCAAAAAUAAAAAAGAAAAGUUACAUAUUCAGAUAAAUGAAAAUUAAUUCACACCGUCGAGAGCCAAAUAACUCGACAUUUUUGGGCAAGGUAUCACUGCGAAAUGUAGGCACUGACGCCACAGAAUGGGGGAUUAUGUUAAGCGAUGCGUAAGCAGAGCACAGUCCACGUUAAGCCAAGCGUAACAGAGAUACUGCAACGAUGACGUUGUUAUAUGCAUGCAUAUCGGUACAGGGGAGGAGGUAACGGAAUUGAGGGAGAAAGAGGAGUGGAUUGUGGCGAGUAGGCGACCACGGCGACGAUGGUAACGACGAUGAUGCGACCAUUUUAAUGGUAUAAAGCAUAUCGAGCCAUAGCCGUGACACGCAUUACGAUUAAUAAGCAUAAAAUAGCGCAGCGGGUGUUGUCCAUUGCUGCAUAUAACAACGACCUACCGAUACGUGAAUAUCAACUGAUUCAUACCGCGUCAACCACAAAAUUGCUUUAACAUUUUUUCAUUUAUUUAUUGUUAUAAUUUUAUUGGGGAGCGAAAAUUUAUUGUCAAGUUUUGGUGUGAAUACUUUAUAAUAAUCUCAUGAAUAAUGAAAUUAUUAUCAAUUGUUAUGACUUUUUCAUGAAUUAUUAUUGAUGGGGAUUAUGGGGAACUGCUUCUCUUCAUCAAGUCUGUGACUCCUCAUCACCAGCUACUGGGCCGAAAACAGUCCGAUAGGCAAUUAGCGGAACUUAGUGAUGGAAAUGAGUAAUGAAAUUUGAACGGAUUUAAAAUUGAAGAAUUUUAUUCCUCUCCGCUCUUGUUAUGUAAAUACCUCUAGCAAAUUAUAAUUUUAGUAGGCAAAAUCGAUAUGUUAAUGAGGCAAUUAGAUAUUGAGUCGCUGUUUACCCUAAAAUAAUGAUAAUUUAUUCGGCUGUUAUAACUCCUAUAAAUGAAUGGUUUCGUAGUGUCAGGUAAGUGAUUACCCGAAUGGAUAUCCGGCUGCGUGCAAGAAUCGAUCCUCAGGCAAGAGUAUCAGGCAUAAUUCGUGACCCAUGACCGGUUUUAAUUAAUUAUGCAUACGUGUGUUUAUCAAUGAUUCAGUGAAAAGGCUGGCGCUCGAUGACAACUGCCACUUUCUUCGUUCAUAAACGUGAGUUACGGCUGAGAUGUAAUUUUUAUUAAAUAGUUCUCUCCGUGUAAGCAAUAUCCUCAAUCAUGCAAUAUCUAAACGAUAUUUUUUUCCGUAAAAUUAUGUCUCCUUCAAACUUCACAUCGUUGUCAUCGAAUUGCAAAAACAUGGAUAGCGCAUAGGAAUUACGUGCCCAGUGCGUUCUAUUUUUACAAAUUUCUAAAUGCACCGAAUAAGACACGAGAGAGCGAGAAGAAGAGAGCCAUGAAAAUACCAAAUUUAACGAACAAGAAUACGAUCAAAUAGACGAUGCAACACUCGAGAUACCAGAAAACGUAACGAUUAUUAUCUCCUAGCAUAUCCGUAAUUUAUGACGAGACGAGCGAAAGAUGAGGAUUAUGAGAGAACAAGAAUUAAUAAGUUGUGAGAAAAAUAAGGAAGUUUUUUGAAUAUCUGGUAAGCCAGAUACUGCCUACUGAGAUCUAUAAAGUUUUUUUCUUACUUUCCCUGGUUACAACCAGACGCCGGACUGUGAAUUGAAAUAACAAUGUUGAAAGUAUUAUUAAUUGCUUACAUUUAAUGUAUCAUUAUAUCGAAGUGUAUACAUAAGUGAAUUUGCAUGAGUGACGGAGUAGAGAAAAGACGAUGAACUAAUGAGAUACAUUUUUCGGUGCUCAAAUGUGUACGAGUUUAAAUAAAAUAAAAUUAAUUAAUGGCACUUGUGACUGAGAUGAAAUUCAGACGUUUUAUUAUAAAUGAAAUAAUUUAUUUGCUAUUUUCGCCUAAAUAAUGAUAUUCCAAAAUACUAAGUAAAGUAAGACUAAUUGAACAAUACGUGAAUGAAAUUGUAAAUAGCUCAAUGUAUAAAAUUCAGUUGAUAUUAUGUAUAAAGAAUUAUCCAUAAGUUAUUCAACAUUUGAAAUGGCUUUAUUAAAUCGUGAAAAAUUGAUCAGCCGGCCGUUAUGAAUGUUUCCAAAGAGUUAAUGGGUGAAGAUUAAAUGCUAACUAAUUUAUUAGUGUAUUAAGUGUUUAUGUAAAUAAGAGCAAUGUGAGAAGUGCCAAAUAUCAUCAAAUUUUUUCCGCAUGUUACGUCGAUUGUACUCGUGCCAUCCAUUAAAUCAUGAAUUAUCUUGCAUUGAAUUCUCAUUUUGUAAUCACUAAUUAAUCCAUCUUAACUACUCUUGUAUCAUAUCGAUGUUUAACCCAAAACAAUUUUCGUAGAAUUCCAUCAAUGAAUUUUUAUAGAUAAUGGUAGGGAUCAUUUGCUCCUUUCGCAUCGACCAAAGAACGCUCAUUUUUGUUUUUGUAAUUUUAGGGUUAUUGAUUAUGAAUUUCUUGUACAUAAAUGUAUACCAUGAGAGAAAGAUGAAUAAUAUAUGUAGAUGUGCGUAAAA